CCCUAAGCGUUUCGCCUUCCGGUUUGGGAAAAUGCUCGGAGCAUGCUCACAGCAUACCACCUCCCAUCCCAGCGACAUCCUCCUUGCACAGUCGCCAAACGCAUCUAUCACUUCUUUACCGCCGAGGACUGCUCUCCCACUCCAAUUUGAACCAAUUGAGCAGCUUCGCUAGCUGCCUCCAGCUUUGGGCAGACAUCUACGCCCUCCCGACAUUCGAUUGGCGAGGAACCUGCGACGCUACUGCAAGGCACCAGAGUCUAUACCACACCUGAAAUGAUACCGCUUGCCACCACUUCCCCUUCAGCUCGCCGCCUGCAAUGAUGACUUGAGCCGCAUCUGGUGUGAGGUUGGCUGAGAAGGGCGCAAGCCGGCAGAUCGAAUGGACAGAGGAUGACCCUCCCUUCCCCCUCUGACGGCCGGAACAGAAGCGUCACCACCACCGCCCACCCCUCCGAUACCUCCUACUUCACCUCCCAAGUCCCCGCGCGCUUCGGCGCAUCCCGCGACUCCUCGCAGACAAGAGGCAGAGCAUCGAGUGCGAGCAGCCCGCAGAAUGCCUCCUUUCGAGCAGGCUAUUCCUCUGCUGCUGCGCCGCCUCAGGCUGGCCACGGCACGCCUCCCGAACUAGAAAGAAGGCCAUCACAGUCAUACGGCCACCAUCGGCAGACCUCGAUCGUGCAUGGAGUACAGCAUUCGCGCAAUACCUCCGCCCUGAAUACCGUCCAAAGUACUAGUCCUCUCGGUCCGCCUAAGAUCAUGGCUACUGGGGAUGGAGUCCACGAUUUGAACAAGAGUCCGUCGCUAUCAACGUUGCAUGCCAAUACCUCUCAUUCUUCGGUGCUGCCCAUCAAUAGAAGCUUUGAUAAUACCGCUGCACCCCGUGGGAUCGAACGAAUGCGUAGUGGGAGGCUGAGGAGGAAUCAUGAUCACCAACGCUCUCUGUCCCGCCCCCAGGGAGAGCAGUCUCAUAUCCCUACCACCGUCGGAGAAUACGCGCUGCACCAUCUCUUCACCAGAUUCAUCGCCGCAGCCGACGAGCGCAUUGAGCUUUGCAUUGCGGGACAAGGGAAUCGCGAUCCUCGAGUGGAGAAUGUGUGCGGCCCAGGCGCGGACCCGGCCUUUGACCAGCUGAUUUCAUCGCUUGGGCAUAUCAAUCGACACAAGCCCAAGUCUCUCAUUGAUGCUAUGAUUCUUUGGAGACAAGGGAAAGCCGACACUGCCAAUGCAAUUGUUGGCGAGAUCCAGUCCAUUCGCGACUCCGUACGCACGACUCCUCAGCACACCCCGAGUGAUUCCUUUUCCACCUCGACGUCUGUCUCGGGUGGAUCGGACCUUCUCUCUCUGGAGAACAGCCUCGCGGUUGCUGAUCGAAGGUCGACCGUCUCGGUAUACAUCCUAUGCAGGGUGUUGGCGGAGGUGAUUGGACAGACCACCUUGACGGCGCUGAACGCGUCUGACACCACCGUCAACACUGCUGCCCGCCUUGAAGAGGUCAUCUACAGCCAGCUGCAGAGCGCUGAGCCGGAGUCAUUGGCUUCUUCACCCCUCCGAAAAGCCAAUUGGGUUAUUCGCGGGCAACUCCUCGGCGUGAUGAGCGGGCUCAGAUUCCAGCAGGUCGUCGACAAGUUCAUCCGAGACAUUGAGAGAGCCCACAAACGACUCUCCGUCAAGGGAAUGGGCGAUCCUAGGCUGGCGUCGAAAACUGCAAUGCUGGUGCACAGCAUGCGUUGGAUCAAAGUUCGCUCCCAACCUGAGGAUGCCUGGGAGCAGUCCUGUGAUAUGCUACAGGUCCUCGCCAACUUCUUCGCCGAGGUUCAUGGCAGAGUCAUGAAGCACGCCUAUGCCGAGUUGUUCGAACAGCUAUUACUCUCCAUCGCGGCCACGGCCACUUCGGAACUCAAUAUGCCCAAGUGGAAGGACGUGCUGGCCACUAUCCAGCCCAAGAUUGUCCAAAUGCUGUCCAAAGCAGAUCACUGGCCGUAUGUGUUUCCGCUUUCAGCAGUCCUGCUGUGCGUGUCGCCUGCGGACCAGUUCGCAUCGCAAUGGCUCGCCCUCGUUUCCACAUCCCAGGCGCGAGUCAAGGAUCGCUCUGGAAGGUCGCACGUUCUCAAGGCUACCUGCCGACUGGUCUGGCGAUAUCUCUAUCGACAUGACGAGGCUCAGCCUGUUGUAACGAGAAGGCUGGACGAGCUGAUCAGAUUGGUUUUCCAGGGCGGCAAGCGCGUCUUGAUCUCAACUGACCCGGUGAUUGCGGACCCACUCAUCCAAUUGAUCCGCAUCAUCGGCUACAAGUAUCAAGACAUCUGCUUCCGCACCAUCAUCUUCCCCUUGAUGAGCGCCGAGUCGUUCUUCAACGCGGAUGGACAGCAGAAGAUUGAGAAUCUGGAUCCCGAAAAGACCGUCAUUGCCAUUCGAGCCUUCCUCGCCAUCAUGGGAGACCUCGAGAAGAGACGCCCUCCCCCAUAUCCCACCACCUUUGAAUGCGAUGCGUUGAUGGACCCCACCUCUCGCUCGCCAGUCACGCACCGACGUACGAAGUCACAGGGUUUUGCUUUGUCCGCAGGCCGGACAGAACGGUUGUCGCAGCCAGUCCUGACGAACAACCUCAACGACAUCGCCAAGGAAUAUUAUGUGAGGUUCUGCCAAAUUCUCGGCCAGCUGACCAUUAUCUGCGACAACACCUUCGGCGGACAAGCGGUGCUGGACGAGAGAAUUGCAUCUCAGACACCCAAGACGCCCAUGGCGGAAGCGUUCGCUUUCAACCGCAAAGACGAUUUUACGAAUCCCACCGACUUACGCCAGCAUUAUUACGACUUGUUCCACGUGGCUGUGGAAGCGCUUCCUCGAUGCGUAUCACCACAUCUUCCCAUCAACGCUCUGGUGAAUCUGCUCUGCACCGGCACCGCUCACAUGCAGUCGCACAUUGCCGCGACAUCCAUGCAAUCGCUGAAGUCGAUCGCAAGGCAAUCCUACGCUCAACAAGUCACGAUUGGAUUCGCGAGAUACAUUUUCAACUUCGACGAUCGAUAUGCAAACAGUCGGCUGCUGGGCCCAGGUCACGUUGAAGGCACGCUCAAGCUCUACCUCGAACUUCUGCAGAUCUGGCUCGAGGACGUGCAAAAGCGAGCGCAGAAGGUAUUGGCGAAUCCCGACGAAGACAUGGCCAGUCGGAAAGUGGCCUUGGACUACGGCAGUAUUGUGGCGCACCUGGACGAAGUCGAGUCCUAUGGGCUCUUCUUUCUUUGCUCAGCAUCUAGCAGUGUCCGUGCUGUUGCUCUGGACGUGCUACGCCUGCUGACACAGUUCGACGAAGUGUUGCUGAAGUUCGAGAAGGGGAGUCCGGCAAACUUUGCACGCCUGAUUGCAAUCCUGGACGAUCCUGACAAAUAUAAUAUGAGAUUCGAUGACGACUUCCUGACGCUCGCGGAGAAAAGUCGACUGCACAAGGGCCAGAAGAUGGGCAUACUGCGCGAGCUGUGCUGUAGUGAAGUCAGCUAUGAUGCAGCAUUGUGGUGGAAGAUUUUCGCAAAGAUCAUCCGCACUGCCGCGGAAUGGCUGCAGGCGGUGGUGUUGACUCGCGAACUGGUGUGUCAGCGUCUCUUCCACAGCUACCGCACUAUCGGUGCCCUGGUGGACGGCAGCAAGCAGGCCAUCAAUACCGCAUUGGACCUCAAUAUGCCUCCGGGCCGACAACAAGGCGCUGGGCGAUCCAACGGUGCUUCUCCCGAAGUUGUCAUUGAGCAGUGGAAGAUCCACUUGAUCUUCGCCUGCACGACCGUCACCAAUGUCAGCCAGGGCCAAUCUCACAAAUCUAGCUCCAGCGUGCAGCACUCUCGGAACGGGUCAAAAUCAUCAUCCACCAGCUCCGAAAAGGUCACUUCGGCCUUCGAACUCUUUUCCAAGGCCGUGCCGUUCCUCACUGCUCCAAAUCACAGUGUGCGAACUGCUACUGUAAUGGGUCUUUGCGCGACAAACGCCGCUUUGUUUCCAAUACUCUUGCAGGUCUUGCAGCCGUUUGUUAUGGAGUGCGGGAAUGAGACAAAGGCGCUGCACCAGCGAAACCUGAGCAGUCCAAGAAGGAAUCGCCGGACGGACACGUUGCGGAGCGACAUCACCCAGAUCUUCGCCGCCACUUGCCACCAUAUCCCCAUUCCAGCCGACAAGUCCAUCUUGGAAGAUGACUUUGCGACGACGUAUCUCAUCGACUACUCGAAACACCUCCGUAUCUACCUCAGUGAUGCGGAAGUACAGGCCGACUUCGACUUGCAACGGCUACGAACCCACUUUUGCUCGCUGGUGGAGAGUCUGUACGAUCGCACUCACAUGCUGAAGGACGCCAUUCGCUACAUGUCGUUUCAGUCUCGGCUGGCGCUCUUUUCCCUCAUGGAGAACUGGUGUGGUUUCUCGCCCAACGAGCGACAGUUGCGGCAGCACGAGGAGAACGUGCGACGCUCCAUUCUCGAGCAAGAACAUGAUGCACGACGUCAAGGCGUGAUUAAUUCCGCGUUUGAAAAGCAGCGCAUCGAGCUCCAAAACGCCGCUCUCUCUGCCAUGGCGGCACUGUGUGCGGGCCCACUCAACUUUAUCGCUGACGGUCGCAUCUUGCACCAAUUCGAUGUCCGCCGCAUGCUCGCCUGGAUCCACUCCAUGUUCGACAAUCCGAGCGAUCGAGCGCACACCAUUGGCCAACGAGCGCUGUCAAAGCUCAUCAAGCAUAACCCUGACCACACAACGCUGAUGAAGCAAGCGAUGCGCAUGUGCUAUACUGCGAAAAAGCCCAAAGCUCUAGCCAGCUAUUUCGAGGUGGUGAGUGGGCUACUACUUGACGGAGAACACCCCGUUGUAGUCCCCUUGUGGAGAGUGUUUUGUCUGGGAUUGUACAACCUGGGCAGUGACAACACACAGGUGCGGAUGCGGUCUGUGCGGUUGAUGCGGCGGUUGGAGGAGAAUAUGUUGCCAAAAGUGAGUCCGGGGGCCGUGCCGCCCAAAGAAGCCCCGGGGAGCACGUCUAAUCUUCAAGACUUGGAGAUUAGCGUGUCGGACCGCACUACCGCCGUCUACAAGCUGGCGCAGUUCGAGGUGUCGCGACGACUCUCACAGCAGCAUUCUACCCUCGCCUUUCAUGUGUUGUCCGAGUUUUGCACCGUCUUCAAGGACCUGCCUCAAGAUCAGCAGCGAACGAUGGUAUCGGCGAUGCUCCCAUGGAUCCAGUCCAUCGAACUACGUGUGGACGUCGCCGGAAACCCGGUGGUGGAAUCAUACAUGCUCCUCGUGAACCUGAUCGAGCUCACGGUCAGAAGCAGCGUCACUCUCCACAACGAGACACAGGCGCUCUGGCAAGCGUUGGCGAGCGGACCCCACGUCAACAACGUCACCAUCAUCCUCAACUUCAUCAUCAAGACGUGUCUGGAGAAGCGCGAGCAGAACUUUGUCAUCUUUGCCAAGCAGGUCAUUGUCUUCUUGUCCAAGACGCCUGGGGGAACGAGGAUCGUCGACCAUCUCAUGCUCUCCAUCAGCCCCAAAAGCAUGGUCGUGGAGCAUCGGGAGCCCUCUUUGCCGCCUUCGGACACUGCGGAUCUGCCAUAUGUUGCGGAUCUCGAUCUCGUCUUACCGAGCGGUGCCAAACACAACGGCAUGUCGCUUGCGCAGAUUUGCAUGAUUUUGCUGGUGGAUCUGAUGGUGUCGCCUUUUGUCCUGUCCGCCGAGAAGAUCCCUGCUCUCCUUCACGUGGCUGUUGUGCAAUGGGAUCAAAAUGUCACGAUUGUGCAAGACCAGGCGAGAGAGUUGGCCGUGCAUCUCAUCCACGAACUGGUCAUUUCGAAGGUUGAGCCCGGCGAGCUGAAGACGGAGACUGAGGAAUUCGUGGAAGCGAUUCGAAACCAGGCCGUCGACAUUACGUGGGCGUAUACUGACACGGAUUUCGGAGCAGCAAAGGAGAAGGGUGCGGCUGUACUCCACCCAAUGACUCAGGUCAUGGACGCGCUGAUCAAGGCUUUCACGAUCGUCAGUCCUAGUUUCCGUGAGGACUGGGCAGCAAUCGCCAUUGACUGGGCGACAACGUGCGCGGUACAGCAUACGGCCUGUCGGUCUCUCCAGGUGUUCCGCUGCUUGUCGACGACUAUGGAUUCGAGGAUGCUUUAUCCUACUCUCUCCCGCCUAUCCUGCACCAUUGCCGACACUGAGACUGCCGGCUUUCCUUCUUAUUCCAUGGAGAUCUUGACCACUUUGCGCAUGACGAUCCGCAAGCUCCCUAUUGAUCAGCUGAUUCUCUCGCCGCAGCUCUUCUGGACGACGUGUGCUGCUUUGGACACGACGUUGGAGGUGGAGUACCAAGAGGCACUGGAGAUGAUGAGAGAGCUGAUGGAGAAAUUCGACCUCACGGACCCCGCUACUCUCCAGUCUUUGAUGGAUGGUCGGCCGCGGACUUGGGACACGGUGUUCCAUGGCGUCCAUCCUCUACUCCACAGCGGUCUACGCUCGAAGCAGUCUAUGGAGCAAGCUCUUCUCCUUAUGGAGCGAUUGGUCAAAGUCCCCUCCAAUGACAUCGUCGGCCCUGAUGAUCGGCUCUUGUUCACCUUGUUCGCCAACCUCCCCCGCUAUCUCCGCUCUUUCGAAGACUUUGGCGCAGACAUUGACUGUCUGGACUCGACUCACUCGCUCGCCUCGAUCGCGGAACAUCAGAAACGGGAAAGUCUCGCGCGAGUGCUGCAAGGCUUUGGCCGGGGCAAAUACCGCAACGAGGACGACUUCCUCGCCCAAUGCAUCGCUGCCAUUCGCACAAGCUACUUCCCGACCUACGAACUCCCGAGUCUGGUUUUCUUGCUGGGCAUGGUCAAUAAUCAAUCCGCGUGGUUCAAAGUGCGGACGAUGCAGGUGCUGCGCGUGGUGAUUGCGGAGAUUGACAUGCACAAGCUGGAAAUCGCCUCACAUGGCCCGGAUUUGAUUUCUCCAUUGCUGCGGCUGUUGCAGACCGAGCAUUGUCAGCAGGCACUGGAUGUAUUGGAUGGCGUGCUUGACAUGAUUGGCACGCCCUUCGACAACAAGCACCUUCGCAUGAGCAUGGCAGGGUCGCAUUCCAGUCGUGCUACGAGGAGGGAGUAUCAAAGCACCAAGAGCUUGUAUGGGAUACCCGAAGAGUCGGGCUGGUCGGUGCCAAUGCCGGCCAUCCGCUCGGAGCAAACGAGGAAGAAUGUCGCGGCUGUAGCGGAGUCGCUCAACACCUUCAGCCUCAACGGCAUGCACGAGCCCAGCCGGACGCCAGAGGUGGAGUUUGAGCACGAAGAGUCACCAGACUCGUACUUCGGAAACGACGCAAGCUUCGCGAUGUCCACAGGCGCGAAGAUGGAUGAAGGGAAUAUGCAUGAGCUGGCGCUGAAGCUCGACAGUCUAGACGACUUCUUCGACGAGCCGGGAGACGACAUGAUGUCUGUGGAUUUAGACGGGAGCUCCUACCUCGACGGUAGCCGGAUCACGGAACGCGAGAAUCUGUACGACCAGCAAGUUGCGCCCAUCCUACGCCGCUCGAUGCGUCGCAACGCGAGCAUCACCUCCUUCCAAACGGGCUUCACGGACUCUGUGUACCCGCCGCCUCGCGAGACAACACACGCCAUGAACCCCUCGGCUUUCGCGCAGAACCACAAAGCGAGCUCGAGCUUCCACCACCGCCCGCGCUUACACAACCGCUCCGCCACCUCGCCAAUCAUGCGCACGAUGAACACUUUCUCCCCGCAAUCCGCGCAAAGCGACUUGCACUACGCCGCAGACGACAGCCUAGACGACACCGACGCCGCCUUCUCCGACGACGAAUUUACGCUCGAGCGUGCGCGCACGAGCGAGGAGGCGCGCAGGCACUACCAACAGCAAGACGCUACCGUCAAGCCUGCGGGCUUCAAAGCUGGUUUCCGCCAGGGUUUGAGACGCUUGACGAGUACGGGGGGCAAAGGGGAGGCGCGCGAGGCGCUGAGACUUGCGGCUGCGGCGGGGGCGCCGAUGAAGAGUCCGAAGGUGCCUAAGGUGCCGGCGAAUUUGGCGCAGUAUCCUAUGAGUGGGGAGCUUUGAUGUGGGCUUUUUUUGUAAGAUGUAGUGUGGCAAUGAUUAGAUACGACUACGAAUGUGUUGAAAGUUAUGAAAUGUGCCACAGCAGUUCGGGAUUUUCGUGGAGUGAGGUGAGGUGGUGCAGCGGGCCCGCGAGAAAUAUGUAUGACGUUGACAGCUCCGCG